AUUUGCAAGUUUAAUGCCCAAGGAGGAGUACUUCUCCAAAGCAUUAUACACAUUCGACAUUGGUCAGAAUGAUCUUAGCGAGGGAUUUACCCGCGGUAACAUGACUAUACAGGAAGUCAAUGCAUCUGUAACUGAUAUAAUCACUGGUUUCUCAACUUAUAUCAAGAAAAUAUAUGAUUUGGGAGCAAGAUCAAUAUGGAUCCACAAUACGGGGCCGAUUGGCUGUCUCCCUUACAUUGUGGCAAACUUCCCAUCAGCUCAGAAAGAUGAGAUUGGCUGUGCAAAAGCUUACAAUGAAGUAGCUCAACAUUUUAACCACGAGCUGAAGCUGGCCAUAGUUCAACUCAGGAAGGAUUUUCCUUUGGCUGCAUUCACUUAUGUAGAUGUGUAUUCUGUCAAAUACUCUCUUUUCGAGGAACCUGAAAAGUAUGGUAAGUCGAUAUUGAAGCAUUAUAAAUCCUCAUAACAUUUUAAAUUUCACGGAUUCAAACCCCUUGAUGAAUUCUUUACGUCUUUUUGUUGUGUUUAUCAUUUAA